AUGGCAACUGAUGUAGCUCGUGCCUCUCCCUUAAAGAACAGCAUUCUUCUAGACUCACUGCAGUUGGUAGAACCAGCUGAAACUCACCCACCUGUACCAAACCAUCUCUUGGAUACAAAAAUUUAUCGUAAUCUGGGACAGAGUAAAGUAGUUGCUGUAACCCCUGAGGAUGUACAUUUUGCUGGUUUUCAAGUGGGGAAAAAGUCCGUGGCAGAUUUCUGCAUCACCAAUGUGUGUAAAGAUGUUAUCUCGAUCAACAUUUUGCCUCCACAGUCCAAAUAUUUCAAACUCCAUUACAAGAAACCUGGAUUAAUGAUACCUGGAAUCAAACUUAAUUGCCAAGUGGAGUUCUUACCUGUUGAAUGGCGAUAUUAUUAUGAUUGUGUACGAAUCAACUGUCCGGGUGAGGAAAAUGUUGUGGUACCAAUUCAUGCUUACCCAGUAAUGAACACAGAUGGAUUUCCUCAGUUUUAUCUCUUUCCUCCUGUUCCUGUUGGUGAAAGGUUAGUUGGCUUUUCAUAUAUCUAUCAUUCUGAUUCUAUUAUGUAA